GCAAGCACUUGCGGCGGCAGGCGAGUGAGGAAAGCUCGCUGUAGUGGAACGGAGCACGACUGGCUAGUAAACAAUCCGAAUCCCCUUGCGGCACUACAGCUGAUCAUUCGCGUGGGUAAGUUACUCGAACAGCGAGCAGCUCGCUUAAGGAUGAUCAAGGCGCGAGAAACGUGCGCUUGGCUAUUGUAGGUUUGUUGGUUGGCCUGGCCCCCCCCGCACGCAUCUGGCUGACAUCCUCUACGGUAUCCGGUCCAGGCCACAACCACCGCUACGGCAACCAUCGCCAAAGCACGAACCCCCCCCCUCGCUUCCCCGCUACCCUCCCCAUCCGCCUCCACCUCCACGACCUGACCAUCGCUACUGCACCGUAUGAUACCACCUUUUUCCAAAUACUAAUCGCAGACAGCCCCCCCUCUUCUCGUCCGCCUACAACAGAACAAGAAUGUCCGACUCGGAAAACCCACCCCCGCAGACGUCCACCCCUCAGGAACGCAAAAUCG